CAGAUGCGCACGAAAUUUUGUUUGGAGAACACAUUCUCGUCAAAAACAGGGCUGUGGGAUUCCAGGGCCCGGCGACGCUCUUUAGGAGGGGCGGGGAUGGAUCGCGGCCUCUUGGAUUAGGUCUUGGCGGGAUCGAUCGAUUCAAUCGCGGCGGCGGCUCGAGAUGUGGGUCUUCUACACCUUCGCCUUGCCGACGACUCUUGCCCUGGUAGGGGGGACGCUGCGCUACUUCUCGGCGCCCAGCGUACCCACCUAUGUGCUAAUCACCGUCGGGUACGCGUGGUUUUGCUCCCUGUCGAUCAUAAUCCUGGUGCCGGCGGACAUCUGGACGACGCUCUCGGAUGGAGAUCCAACGCAGGUUAGUAUGUUUUGGGGCUGGUCUUACUGGAGUACGUUCAUUCUUACAUGGAUUAUAGUUCCUCUCAUGCAAAGUUACGAAGAUGCCGGGGACUUUACUGUAAAAGAGAGGCUGAAAACCAGCGUCAAGGCAAACGUUGUCUACUACGUCAGUGUUGGUGUGAUCGGCAUAAUUUGCAUCGUCAUUCUCAUCUCGCUCGACAAGCUGAAAUGGAGUGGUGUUUUUGGCUUUGCCAUGACGUGCUCGACACUUUUUGGGUUGAUAACUGGAGCCUUUCUUCUUGGUUUUGGUUUGAUAGAAAUUCCUCGGAGCAUGUGGCGGAAGGCAAACUGGCAGUACCGCUUCAAGUUCCUUACUCAUCGUGUUGCCAAAGUCGCCGUGAAUUUGGAUGAUGCCCAUCAGGAGCUGUCGACUGUUGUUGUGAUUUGCCAAGCCAUUUCUAACCAGAUGUCGAGAAGAGACGUCCUACGACCGUGUAUGGACUUCAUUGAGCAAAUGUUGGUUGAGAUGAUGCAAGAAAAUCCAUCCUUCAAACCAUCUGCGGGGCGUAUGAGUGAUAACGACAUGGAAUAUGACCAAGACAUAAGCGGGAUGGCGGAACUAAGGCGUCGUCUUAGACAGGCGCACUUCACUUUUGCAAGAUAUAAAAGUGAAUACGGGGCUCUUGUGUUGGAGGCUUUAGAGUUGGAAGAUACGAUGAAAAAUUAUGAGAGGGGUGCGGCUGAACAAUGGCUUUACACAUCAGGGAUUCGACCCCCAAGAACUGGCACCAUGGCUCGUCGUCUGGACCAUCUAGAAUGGAUUUGGCGAUGUAGCUUGAGACCAAAAAUCCUGCGGUUAUUUGCUCUUAUUUUUGGUGGUAUGACAGCUGCAUUAUUGAUCGCUGAGGCCACCUUGUUACCGGCUAAAGUCGACCUUUCAUUCUUUUCAUUCUUGAUAAACGUUACCUCCGACAGCGAGAUACUAGUGCAGGUUCUUGCGUUCGUACCUGUGAUGUAUAUGUGCGCAUGCACGUAUUUCUCUCUCUUUAAGCUUGGAAUGUUCACAUACUAUUACUUUGCACCCAAGUAUACAAAUGCCGUGAGCCUUUUGAUGAUUUGCUCAAUGGUCUCGCGCUACGCACCGCCAGUGUGCUACAACUAUCUCGGAUUGAUCAGACUGGAGGACGAGCGUCACAAAAACACCGUCUUUGAAAAGCGAAUGGGAGUUUCUUCGUCAGGGAAUUUUCUUUACACUUUCAAUAGAGUGUAUCCGAUUUUUAUGGUGAUAUACACGGCUGUGAUCGCCACCAACGCUCUCAAUCGUCUCAUUGACUUUUUCGGGAGCUGGCGGAGAUUUCGCUUUGACGAGGAGGCCGAAGAAACAGAUGGAUGCAAUCCAUCUGGUGUGAUUAUCAUACGCAAAGAACGGGCAUGGUUGGAGCGAGGAUCGGCUAUUGGAGAGCACCUUGUGCCGCUAGCACGAAACUUUGGCAGCGAGGCGGAUCAUCAGGAGACAGAAGCAAUGCUGCAGCAAGUAAGAAAGUUUACUUCGCAGUUUUCUCUAGUGCUGAUAGAAGAAGCUUUGUUCCAGGGACCGCAAGAGCCGUUUAAGAUCCACGCAAAUGGCCAUCAGCAGCACGCUGGUCCCCUUCCAAAGAAGGACGCCAACCAAGGAUUCUCAGCUCCACCGCCAGCUCCAGCCCCGCCGCGAGUUCCUCGCGGCCCCCACGCGGACAUCGCCGCAAAGUACAUGGCGAUGCGCGAGCAAAGAAAGGAAGGCCGGGGGCAGCCACAAGUCGGGAUGACGAACUUCUCCAGAGCUCCCCCUCCGGUGAUGCCGUUUAUACCCGAGUCCAUGCCGGUGGCGGUCCCCGUUGGUGGUGGUGGUGUUGGAGCUCCCGCAACGCGUUUUGAAGAGCAGGCAUCGAGAUGGAAGUUUGCUCUCCCGGAGUCUUUCUCGGGGCACAGCCAGAAUUUGGCGGCGUCGAGAGAGCCCCCACGCCCGGUGGCGCCGUCGUCCGCCGAUACUCUAGAUAGCAUCUUCGACAGCUUGAGGACGAGACGGGAGUUCGACGAAGAGGGUGACGACGUUGGUCUCACGCUAUUGCCGAGGCAGUGAGACCGAUGGUGUUGAUACGUUUUUUCUUACAUCCAAGGCUUCGUUCGCUGCU